AUGAAGAAAGAUGUCUCGUUGGAGCAACAUGAGCACAGGCAAUACGAAGAACCAAGUUCAAUACCAAAGCGUAAUCCCAACGGUGCUCUAUCUGGCCUCAGUCCUCUAACGCCUUUGAAGAAAACAUCAGAAGAAGGCUUGCGUCCAAGAUACAACCCUCCUCCGGUUGGGUUUGCAUAUUCCUCACCAAAUCUGAAGUCUUUAAAUAACUUCACAAAUUUUGAGCAAGCUCGCUUGAGAGAUGAUUAUCUAGCAAGCGCUUUAGGUAGCUUGGGCCGGAGCAGUAACUACGUUGAUCCCUUGUAUCGACAUUUGAAUCCUCAAAUGACCAAUGCUAAAAGCAGACCAGUGUGGAGUUUAAAUCAACCGCUACCACAUGUUCUCAACCAGAGUUUAGCCGAAAAAAUGAUUCAAAAAAAUGCGGAAGCUAGAUCGAGAGCAUCUUCAAGAUCUGGAUCACGAGAUGUAUCUAGGGCAGGUUCAAUGACCUCUUUGAAUGAUUGGAAACGUUUGAUGAGAUUAUCAACCUCGAAUACACGCCCCAAUGACAUCGAGUCUCAAUUGCCUAGGAACUACUCACAAUCUCAACCUCUGAAGCAGGGUUUGGAACGGAACGGAGAAACGGGACAAAGCGGGGCUGAACGUGGGCAAAAAGGUAUACCACCUUCUUCCCACGGUGCUAAAUUUACUUUGGGCGAUGAGAGUUAUACGUCAUCAACAGCAGAUGAUGAAAAACCAAAAAAUAUGAGACGUCAAAACGGAAGGACCCCUGUGCGGACUGAUAAUGAUCUACUGAAAGAAGAACUCAAUGAUACAUCUCAUCUAGAAGAGAGUGGUAAAGACGGCGGUGGAAGUGUUAUUUUACCGGAUGACGAGUCUGAGGAAAUGGCUUUCACAAACUACUGGGCGAAAGUGAGGUAUCUUCUACGAGAGCCUUUUGCAGAAUUUUUAGGAACUCUUGUUUUAGUUAUAUUUGGUGUUGGGGGGAAUCUUCAAGCAACAGUAACCAAUGGAGCUGGAGGUUCCUAUGAAUCUCUGUCAUUCGCGUGGGGGUUUGGAUGCAUGCUUGGUGUCUAUGUUGCCGGUGGAAUUAGUGGUGGCCAUAUAAAUCCUGCAGUGACAAUCUCCAUGGCUAUAUUUCGCAAAUUUCCUUGGAAAAAGGUACCAAUAUACAUAUUUGCUCAAAUAGUGGGUGCUUAUUUCGGGGGUGCCAUGGCAUAUGGAUACUUCUGGAGUUCAAUCACAGAGUUUGAAGGAGGUGCGUCUAUUAGAACCGCAGCAACAGGGGCCUGCCUCUUCACAAAUCCCAAAUCAUAUGUGACAUGGCGGAAUGCAUUCUUUGAUGAAUUCAUAGGUGCUGCAAUGCUGGUAGGGUGCUUGAUGGCACUGUUGGAUGACACUAAUGCCCCACCAGCAAAUGGGAUGACGGCCUUGAUCGUUGGAUUUUUGGUCGCUGCAAUUGGUAUGGCACUUGGCUACCAAACCAGUUUCACGAUCAACCCCGCCAGAGAUCUUGGUCCACGUAUUUUCGCCUCCAUGAUAGGAUACGGACCGCAUGCAUUUCACCUCACACAUUGGUGGUGGACUUGGGGUGCGUGGGGUGGUCCAAUUGCAGGUGGAAUUGCAGGUGCUCUUGUUUAUGACCUAUUUAUUUUUACCGGCUGUGAAUCACCUGUCAACUACCCCGACAAUGGCUACAUUGAGCACAGAAUACAAAAACUACUUCAUGCGGAAAUGGGCGAGCAAUCAAAUAUGGAUUCCCCAGAAGUAGAGCUGGAUGAAAGGACCUCAAGUAGUAAUAGCGCCAAGAUAUAA